AUGUGGCGUCAUUCUCGGGUUUCCCCCGUCGUCCCUCAGCCUGUUCCAGAAACGCUCGAUAAGGCGCACCUAGCACCAGAGAUCAAUGUGAAAACCGUUAUGGAAGAGCGGUCUAUCGACGAGAGCCGCCGGCUGAGGGUGGUCAUCAUUGGGGCCGGCAUCUCUGGGAUUCUCGCGUGCAUCCGUUUCAAGCAGCGAAUCCCGAACAUUGACCUCUGCCUUUAUGAUAAAAAUGCGGAAAUUGGAGGUACCUGGUUUGAGAAUCGGUACCCGGGAUGUGCCUGCGACAUUCCAGCUCAUACGUACCAAGCGACAUUCGAGCCCAACAAGGAGUGGUCCUCGUUCUAUGCCGAGGCUCCAGAAAUCCUUCAGUAUUGGAAACAUGUCGCUGAGAAGUACGGAUGCAUGAAAUACAUCAACCUCGGGCAGCGGGUAACUACGGCCAUCUGGGAUGAGGACAGGUCGAGUUGGCAUCUGAAAAUCGAGAAUCUCGAUACCUCUCACACAUACACAGACGAAUGUGAUGUUCUUAUUCAGGCGACUGGAGCAUUGAAUAACUGGAAAUGGCCAAAAAUCCCGGGUCUUCAUGAUUUCAAGGGCAAGCUGAUACACAGUGCCUCGUGGGACAAAGAAUAUGACUACAAGGGUAAACGAGUUGCAGUCAUUGGUAAUGGCUCAAGUGGAAUUCAGAUCGUGCCCGCUCUACUGCCUGACGUGGUUAACAUUGACCACUACAUACGCAGUCGAACUUGGAUUUCGCCAACGUUCGCCAGAGAGCAGGUUGAGAAGCACGGGCAGGGUCGAGAUAACUUCGCCUUUUCGGCUGAAGAAAUCCAAAAUUUCAAGACAAACCAUGCGUCGUAUCAGAAAUUCCGGAAAGAGGUCGAACUAGAGCUUCAGUCUGUGCACGGUGUCACCAUUACUGGCGAUCCAAUCCAGCUCGGUGCACAUGAUGCAUUUGCAGAGAAUAUGAAGCAGCGACUGGCCGAUAAGCCUGGCCUCAUUGACAAGAUACUGCCUUCAUUCCCUCCCGGAUGUCGCCGACUCACUCCAGGUCCUGGAUAUCUAGAGGCAUUGACAAGCGAGAAGGUUGACCUUAUCACUUCUAGUAUCGUCAAAGUGGAUGAUACCGGCAUCAUCACCUCGGAUGGCCAGCAUCGGCCUGUUGACUGUAUUGUUUGUGCCACUGGGUUCGAUACCUCGUGUGCCCCCCGGUUUCUGAUCAAAGGCCGAGGAGGAGUUACCCUUUCAGAGCGGUGGAAAAAAGCCCCAGAGACGUAUAUCUCCAUUGCGACAGAUGGCUUCCCAAAUUAUUUCAUGUCUCUCGGUCCCAAUGCUGGGCUUGGCGAUGGAAAUCUCCUCGUGCUCAUUGAGAGUGCUUUGGAUUAUUUCACGAAAUGUGUUCGCAAGAUGCAACGGGACAACAUCCGCGCUAUGAGCGUCAAACGGGAGGCAGUCAGGCGCUUCACAGAAUACUGCGACCAAUAUUUCGCACGCACAGUAUUCAGCGGCAAGUGUCGCAGCUGGUAUAAAGGUGGCACGGAGAAUGGUCGGAUCACUGCCCUCUGGCCAGGUUCCUCCCUGCAUGCUAUGAACGCAUUCGCUAAUCCCCGAUGGGAGGAUUUCGAGUAUGAGUACGUGAAUGACAACGCAUCUGGCUGGCUAGGAAAUGGCUGGACAGAGAAUGAGAGGCUGAAUACGAUAGCUGUUGAUUACCUGGAUGAUGAUAAGGUCGACUUUCCACAGGUAGUGGACACUGCCUAG